AUGGAGCACCCCACAGUAACCACCUACUCUGCAAAGCAGAACGCGGUGCCAGGAGAGCAGAAUCCAGAUCUGAGGCGUGAGGGAGGGGCAUUCAGGAGGCCUCCCGGGCACGGUUUUUCAGCUUCCAGGAAGCAACUACAGCACAGAGCUCGGCUGGAACACCAGGUCGCUGGCUCAGCCAACCAGAGGCCCUUCGGGGCCCCGCUGGCCGUCUCCCAGAUGCACAAUUCCAGGAGCCCAGACUGUGAGGAGGCCCCGAAGGACACAGACAGGUUAUGCAUCCCAAAAAUUCAGAACAAGUUCUCUGAGAAUUUGAAGGACAAGGCCAUCCCCCGUGGGGACAUAGUUGUCACUCUCGAAUGUCUGGACUUCAAGUGGGACCUCCGCCUGCCCCAGCUUUUCCAGUCUGAGACGUUGACCAAGCUCUACCUCCUGGCCCAGGGAGGGGCUGCACCCAGCCGGGGGCUUGACAUGGUUAUCAGGCCGCUAUCACCUAGGAAGAGCAAAGAAAGACGCUUCAUAAAGAAGAUGACCAUCUCCCUGAAGGUCAAUGACCCCAUGGUCACUGAAGCCGCCUUCGCCACGGCCCUGAAGAACCUCUACCUGAGCCAGAUGGACGUGGACUUGGAUGACGUGCUGGAGGUGCUGGCCGCAGCUCACACUCUCCAGUUCAGCAGGCUGUUGAAAGGGUGUGUGGCCAUGAUGAUCAGCGCGCUCACGCCAAGCAACGUCACUGACUUCUACCUGGCCGGCUGCAAGUACAAGGAAGAGCUGCUUGUCACGGCCUGCGAGAGGUGGCUGGAAGUGAACUUGGUCCCCGAGGUGGGGAAGCAGAUCCACCUGCGGAAAAUCCCAAAGGACCUGCUCCAAAAAGUGCUGAUGUCUCCCAGGUUGUUUACUUUUAGUGAGUUUCAUCUUCUGAAAACACUGCUGUUGUGGGUCUACUUGCAACUGAACUACAGAAUUCAGGCAGUUCCGGAGUAUGAAACCAUGCUGACCUUUUUUAAGAGCCUCCCCAAGAAGAGUUGCUUUCUGGACCAAGAAGACGAACAUGGCUUGAUGCCCCUCUUCCGUUGCCUGCGUCUGCAUGGCAUCAUCAAAGGCAAGGACCUGGAUGCGUUAAGGCGCAUUGACUUCUUCCCCGAGUCCUGGCUGCUCCAGGUCACCGCCCACCAUUACCACUCAGCGGAAAGUGGGGGCGACAUGAUUCACGUGAGAAAUUUUGCCACCGAGGCCGUGAGAGUCGGGCUGCUCUUCAGCCAGGAAUAUGCAACUUAUUCCAAAAUAAUCACUGUGUAUGGAUUCUUCUUUGAGAUGAAAGGAAUAAAAAAUGAUAGUACAUCUUACAGUUUUUACAUGCAGAGAAUAAGGCACAAGGACGUGGGAGUCCCCUCCUCGGCCUGCGAGCACAGGCUCGUCAGCAUGAGAGCGGAGCGCAUGGUCAGAUACGAGAUCAGGGCCCAGGUCCUGGUGGACAGCCAGUGGCAGGAGUUCAGGACGAGUGAGGUCCUGCAGAAGUUUCGGUUCGCCGGGCGCUCCUGCAAAAGCCAAGUCCUGAAAGUCCAAACUGUGGGCAUCCCGAUCUAUGUAAGUUUUUCAUUCACCUUCCCAGUGUCUUGA